AUGACAUUCCCAGGCUCCACGCUGUGCCUCACAGAUGCCUAUAAAACACCAGCCGAGCAAAGUCCAAGGGGCCAGGCUCCUGUCCCGCGUGACUCCCCUGUCCCACGUGGCUCUCCUGUCCCCACGUGGCUCUCCUGUGGAUCUCCUGUCCCGCGUGGCUCUCCUGUCCCGCGUGGCUCUCCUGUCCCGCGUGGCUCUCCUGUCCCACGUGGCUCUCCUGUCCCCGCGUGGCUCUCCUGCUCCUCGUGGGCAGAAGAAAGAGACUGGAACCGACUCCUCGACGGUGUGGACGUUUUACAAGGCCCCACCCGUGCGGCGGCACGCUGGCUACCUUCUCCACACACUGGUUUCCGGGCUGAGCAGCCUUGCCGUUCCCGGCGCCCUCCCGCCUGCUCCAGCCAGUGGAUGUUAGCCGAGAGGGUCACGGCUCUGGCUCUACACGCUGGCAGCCGGCAGCUUCCCUACGAAGCUCGGCGUUACCGCAGAGCCUCUGCGGCCAUGGAGGGCAAGACACAGGCCAGAGCCGCACUGGACGCUUCCCCAACACGGGAAUACCAGCAAAGAUACCGUCAGUCUACCAUGCAAACCACAGAGGCUCUACGUGUGAAAACGAGGAAGACACUAAGUGGAGGGAAAGACAGCGGAUGA